AUGAGUCUUCGUCUACUCCGAUGGCUGUCGACAACGGCCACAACCAAGCGACCCGAGCUUCUACAACUUCUACCGAAAAAGAAGACCCUCAACCGGGUACUUUUUGAUAACGACGCCAACCUCAGCUACCGCAAGGCGCUCCCCGUGCUCACUACCAUCUACGAUAACCUCGACACCCCUGAGCGGAUCCAGCUUGGAAACGUCAAGGCGCACGACCUCAUGACGUUGAAACACACGCUUGCUUCAGUACGCCAAAUGUCAAACACCAUCAACCCCCAUUUGGUGAAGUUAGAACACGAGCUUGUUGAACAAGCAGCCGAACGGGGAGACAACGACGCCAUCGCCAUGCUUGCGUUUGAUACCAUCACCAAGCGGGCUCAGGAUAAAAACUCAGUGGAUGACGAUGAUUAUAAACAUGCCCAGCGGUUAGUGAAGCAAUUGACGGAGAUCGACCACUGUCUUACUUAUAAGCUUGCUGGCGACUUAGCGUUUUCUCAAGGGUACCACCAACAGGCACGUGACUACUGGCACCGGUUUGUUGAGCUCGAGCCAAGUUCGAUCCGGUCUAGCCAUGUUUACACGCAAUUAGGCAUCUACUAUUUCGCCUACCACCCCGAGCUUGAGCGGGCCCGGCGCUAUUUUGAGCGCGCCGUCGCUGUGGGCGAAGUCGACGACACCACCGUCAAGGCCCACUAUUACCUUGGCCAGUUGUAUGAGCUGCUGAACCCCGAGCUCACUCGCUACCACUGGGAGGUGGCGGCGCUGAGGGCGCUUGCCGAGGUAUUUCCCUCAUUGGGGAGGCUCGAAUUAAACAUGUUUAAAAACGCUAGCCAGGCGCUUCAAUGGUUUAAAUUGGGUGACGAGUUGGGUAAAGAUAUCCAGUGUGUCAUGGGCCAGUUCGACUGCUAUGUUGCCCUCGGCCAGCCGCGCGCCGCGGUGGCGGUGGUGGAGAAGCUUGAAGGUAUUCGCAGUGCCAUUAAGCGCGCCCGCCGCCGCGCCGCCACUCAGCCAGCCGCCACUACCCCCGCGGCGAUGGCGCUGGCGAUGGCGACCAAUGACGCCGCCCUCACGGCGUUUUUCACCUCCCGUGACGCCACUAUAAAAAAGGCGAUGGCGCAACUAUAA